GAUAAGAAAUAUUUUUGUCUUCAGGUGGUGGACUAUUACAAAGAGGCAUGCAGAGCUCUGGAGAACUCAGAAACUGCUUCAAUGUUAGGAAAGAUACAGAAAGACUGGAAGAAAUUAGUGCAAAUGAAGAUUUACUACUUUGCUGCAGUUGCUCAUUUGCACAUGGGGAAACAGGCUGAAGAGCAGCAGAAGUAUGGAGAGAGGGUUGCUUACCUUCAAAGCUCAAUAGACAAACUCAACGAGGCAAUUAAGCUGGCUAAGGGUCAACCAGACAGUGUACAGGAAGCCCUUAAAUUUACCGUGGAUGUCAUUGGUGGAAAAUUUAAUUCUGCCCAAAAAGACAAUGACUUCAUUUACCAUGAAUCUGUGCCACCUCUGGAGACACUGACCUCAGUGAAAGGGGCCCCACUGGUGAAAGCCUUGCCUGUAAACCCAACAGACCCCAGUGUCACUGGCCCAGACAUUUUUGCAAAGCUGGUGCCCAUGGCUGCCCACGAGGCCUCCUCUCUUUACAGUGAAGAGAAGGCCAAGCUGCUAAGGGAUGUCGUGGCAAAAAUAGACAGCAAGAAUGAAACAUUAGAACAGUUCAUGGACUCUCUCGGUCUGGACCCAGAGUCAGUAGACAAUAUGGAGAUUUAUAAUACCCUUCCUUCUGUGCUGAUGGAAAAAUGUGCUGCGUUGAGUGUGAGACCUGAUACAGUAAAAAACCUUAUCCAGUCAAUGCAGGUCCUCUCAGGUGUGUUCACCGAUGUAGAAGCCUCUCUGCGGGAGAUUCGAGAUGUAUUGGAUGAGGAUGAGGCAGAGGAGCAAAGUUUAGAAGAGGCUGCUGGGAAGCAGGCUGUACCAGAACGGCCCUCAGCCCUGGCCGAGCUGCGGAGAGACCUGGAAAAGUAUUUUGAAGCACAUGAAAAAGCCAGCUUCACCAACACAGAACUUCAUCGGGCCAUGAAUCUGCACAUCAGCAAUCUGAGACUCCUCGGUGGACCACUAGACACCCUUAGAGAGGCAUUGCCAAAACCUCAACUUAGUGAGGAUGAGAUGGCAGGGCUCCAGACAAUGAAGAGAAUUUUGGGUAAAGUGCAAGAAAUGCGGGACCAACGAAGCUCCCUGGAAAAGCAGCUUAGAGACCUCAUUCAGCAGGAUGACAUCACUACUUCUCUGGUUACAACUGAGCGUGCUGACAUGAAGAAACUAUUUGAGGAGCAGCUUAAGAAGUAUGAGCAGGUGAAAGUAUACAUUGAUCAGAACCUGACAGCUCAAGAGAAUAUCCUGAAGGCACUGACAGAAGCUAAUGUACAGUAUGCCACUGUGCGCAAGGGCCUGGCAGAAACUGAACAUAAGUAUGACUCAAAGGAAUUACAUUUACGUGACAAAUAGGCAUAAACUUUAGCAAGUGUAGCAUCAUCAGAAUCAGAAUCAGAAUGAGCUUUAUUUGCCACGUGUGUGCAAACAC